AUGCAGAAAGGUGCAAAUAUCUGCCUGAGUGAAAGCACCCCUCCGUUCCCAUCUUCAACAGACGACGCGCUUUGCGGCCCUCAGUUUAAAGGAACUGUGGAGCCUAAGGACAUGCCAUACACCAACUGGACCAACCUGAAUCCAUGCCCUCUUAAUGCCUGCUGCGACAAAUGGGGCCAAUGUGGUGUGACCGUUGAGUUUUGUGAACAGGCUAAUUCUACAACAUGGUAA